CCCUUCUCUCUGCCUAAGUCUUCACCAAAAUACAAAGCACAUAGCUAAAGUUUGCUCUCCCAAAGAACAUAGCUAAGCUUUGUUGUCCCAAAGAACACAGCUAGGAAAAGAUGGUGGCCGUUAGUGAGAUCCGCAUGGCUCAAAGGGCAGAAGGCCCUGCAACUGUAUUGGCGAUUGGUACAGCAAAUCCACCAAACUGUGUUGAUCAGAGUACAUAUGCAGAUUAUUAUUUUAGAGUCACCAACAGUGAGCAUAUGACCGAUCUUAAGAAGAAGUUUCAGCGCAUUUGUGAGAGAACACAGAUCAAGAACAGACAUAUGUACUUAACAGAAGAGAUACUAAAAGAAAAUCCUAACAUGUGUGCAUACAAGGCACCGUCAUUGGAUGCAAGAGAAGACAUGAUGAUCAGGGAGGUACCAAGAGUUGGAAAAGAGGCUGCAACCAAGGCCAUCAAGGAAUGGGGCCAGCCAAUGUCUAAGAUCACACAUUUGAUCUUCUGCACCACCAGCGGCGUUGCGUUGCCUGGCGUUGAUUACGAACUCAUCGUACUUUUAGGGCUGGACCCAUGCGUCAAGAGGUACAUGAUGUACCACCAAGGUUGCUUCGCUGGUGGCACUGUCCUUCGUUUGGCUAAGGACUUGGCUGAAAACAACAAGGAUGCUCGUGUACUUAUCGUUUGUUCUGAGAAUACCGCAGUCACUUUCCGCGGUCCUAGUGAGACAGACAUGGAUAGUCUUGUAGGACAAGCAUUGUUUGCCGAUGGAGCUGCUGCGAUUAUCAUUGGUUCUGAUCCUGUGCCAGAGGUUGAGAAGCCUAUCUUUGAGCUUGUUUCGACCGAUCAAAAACUUGUCCCUGGCAGCCAUGGAGCCAUCGGUGGUCUCCUUCGUGAAGUUGGACUUACAUUCUAUCUUAACAAGAGUGUUCCUGAUAUUAUUUCGCAAAAUAUCAAUGACGCGCUCAAUAAAGCUUUUGAUCCAUUGGGUAUUUCUGAUUAUAACUCAAUAUUUUGGAUUGCACAUCCUGGUGGGCGUGCAAUUUUGGACCAGGUUGAACAGAAGGUGAACUUGAAGCCAGAGAAGAUGAAAGCCACUAGAGAUGUGCUUAGCAAUUAUGGUAACAUGUCAAGUGCCUGUGUGUUCUUCAUUAUGGAUUUGAUGAGGAAGAGGUCUCUUGAAGAAGGACUUAAAACUACCGGAGAAGGACUUGAUUGGGGUGUGCUUUUUGGCUUUGGUCCUGGUCUCACUAUUGAAACUGUCGUUCUCCGCAGUGUGGCCAUAUAAUGCACUUAAUUAUGCAUAUAUGCGAUUGUGUUAUUUUUUAAUAAUUUUCUUUGGCUCUAAAAUAAGCUAAGGUGCUGAAUGGCUCAUAUAUUAUUAGAUGAGUGAAAAAUUAAAAAAAGAUGUCCAAAGUUAAUUCUUUAUGCAAACAUCAUUCAAUAUCAAAGUCUGUAAUUGUUAGUAAAAAAUUAUAUCAAAUUCUUUUCAAUCGAGCAGCAUAACACAUGCCUUUAUUGAUUGGGUUGUAAUUUAAGUC